AUGACCCGAAGACUUGUGCGCACUGGUAUUCAGCUUGGUGUAUUACUAUCAAUAGUGCUAUUCGUCGUUUUCUUCCUUGACAAUCGAUAUCGAGUCCUUCCCAGCGCCAUUCACAAUCAUCUGCCUGCGCAUCAUCCCGGGUUUAUGGUCACGGAUGUGACUGUCGUGACCUGCUCGUCGAUCAACCCUUUCAGUCGUUGCGCGAUCGACUCGGAACAUUGGCACCGGAUCGAUAAAGAUCUGUAUCUUGGGAGUGGUUAUGUAUCGAAAGCGUACCUCCAUGUCGAGAGAAAACGGGAAGAUGAUCUGAAGCCGCAUGAAGAGGUAGUCCACGACAUCAAGAUCGGCCGCCUACAACCACCUACUAUCGAUCCUUUGUCAAAAAACGAGAGAUGGGAGUCGCGGCCGGCGGGACUCUGGAUUAAAAAGUCGCCAAAGAGCAACGACCCGAGUAAAGUGGUGACCGGAGUCGACGUCCUGUUCGGGGCAGACGCGGUUGAUCCACGGUCGAACUGGAGAGUGCAGGAUCUCGGCCUCUUCAUCGACGCGGAGGCAGAUACACCCGAGCCACGGCUCACCGUUAGGAAAGGACCGGCACUACAGAAAUUUGAGAAGCCGGUGCCUCGAAUCCGAAAAGAUGGUAAAUUCAAGAUUAUGCAAGCAGCGGAUCUGCACCUUUCGACGGGUCUGGGCAAAUGUCGAGACGCUUUGCCCGAAGGACGAAAGUGCGAAGCCGAUCCCCGCACGCUCGAGUUCAUCGAGAGGAUGAUUGAUGAAGAGAGCCCGGACUUUAUCGUGCUGACGGGGGACCAAGUCAAUGGCGAGACGGCACCGGAUGCGCAGACGGCCAUCUUCAAAUACUCGGAGAUGUUUGCCCGACACAAGAUACCUUACGCAGGGAUAUUCGGCAACCACGACGACGAAGGCAACCUUGACCGCGCGGGAUCGAUGGCUAUUAUGGACGGCCUCCCCUAUUCCCUUUCCACGGCUGGACCUGAAGAUGUCGAAGGAGUCGGCAACUAUGUCGUGGAGAUUCUCGGUCGUGGCUCGACCGCCCACUCCGCCCUGACUCUAUACAUGCUCGACACACACUCGUACUCGCCCGACGAACGCCAAUACCACGGCUACGACUGGCUGAAGCAAUCCCAGAUCGACUGGUUCAAAUCCACCUCACAGUCGCUGAAGCGCAAGCACAAAGAAUACACCCAUAUCCAUAUGGAUCUGGCGUUCAUCCACAUUCCGCUUCCGGAAUACCGCAAUCCCGACCAGCUACCGUGGGUGGGCAACUGGACCGAACCGCCAACAGCUCCAGCUUACAAUUCGAACUUCAAAGAUGCGCUCGUCGAGGAAGGCGUCGUCGCAGUUUCUUGUGGUCACGAUCACGUCAACGAUUACUGUCUCCCCGCGCUGGACAAAGAGAAGAAGCAGCCGGCACUGUGGAUGUGCUAUGGCGGCGGCGCCGGCUUCGGCGGAUACGGUGGCUACUACGGCUAUCAUCGGCGGGUGCGGUUUUUCGACUUUGACAUGAACGAAGGCCGCAUCGCGACAUGGAAACGGCUCGAGUGGGGUGACACUGAGAAGCGGAUCGAUGAACACAUCAUCGUCGAUGGAGGGAAGGUUGUUGUUGACGUGUAA